AUGGAUUGGUUAAUGAAGCAUAGAGUUAUGAUUGAUUGCUGUAGUAAGAAGGUUAUAAUUUCUUCUAAGAGUGAUGUGCAGAAUUCUCCUUAUUUGUUUGUGCUUCAGACUGUUAAGGCUUUAAAGCAAGGAGAUUGUGGAUAUUUUCUGUUAGGAGGUCUGGUCGGCAAUAGUAAAAAGCCGAUUGCAGAUAUUUCAGUGGUAUGUGAUUUUGAGGAUGUAUUUCCUGAUGAAAUUCCUCAUUUUUCGCCAGAAAGGGAAAUUCAAUUUUCGAUAGAUAUAUUACCUGGAGUGGGACCUAUUUCAUUAGCUCCAUAUAGGAUGUCACCUCUAGAGUUAGCUCAGUUGAAAAAUCAGAUAGAGGAUCUUUGUAGUAAGAAUUUUAUUAGACCGAGUGUAUCUCCAUGGGGAGCACCAGUGAUCUUUGUUAAAAAGAAGGAUGGAACUAUGAGACUGUGCAUAGAUUUUCGUUAG